CUCACAAUUGAUUUGGGUUCACAUCAUGUGGUUUGCGCUGUUGGUACACAGGGUUGCAAUAUUGCUGAUCGUUGGGUAAAAUCGUAUCACAUUUCGAUAUCCUCAAAUGGAAUCUUAUGGUCUCUGUACAAGGAAAGCAAUGUGACAAGGAUUUUCUACGGGAACCACGAUCGAUCGACGAUAUCUCAUCAGUUAUUGUACCACAGCCCCACAGCAAGAUAUGUCCGUAUUGCACCCCAAACAUACCAUGGUUUGCCAUGCUUGAGGAUGGAGAUUUAUGGCUAUCAACUGGAAUCAACGUGUUCAAAGCACAGUGUUGGUGUCCCUAGUCCAUUAGUCGUACCAAAGCAUCGAUUUAAUGCUACGUCUAAUGACCAAUAUAAUCGUCCGUACAUGGCUCGAUUACAAGGUUAUUCUUCGUGGAAACCUCUUGCAGCGAGUAACCAAUACCUUCAGAUAGAUCUGGGUAAAAUAUUCUGCAUUUGUGCCGUAUUGACUCAGGGAGACCCCAUUCACAGACAUUGGGUCACAAAGUAUUCACUACGAUACUCGAAUGAUAAUAAAUUGUGGAAAAAGUAUAAAAAGCUGGAUGGAAAAGAAAAGGUAUUUUGA